AUGGAAGAAACUGUAUGGGAUUUGAGUGAGAAUUUCCUUACCGUUUUGACGGAUGACCAACUACAAGGGCCUGUCAACAUGAGGAAUUUGCAGUUGGAUAAAAAUUUGCUCACAUGGUUGGUUAGUUGGGAACGUUUAAUUGAACCUCGUAAAGUGAUGGAACGCGCGAUGAAAUGCUCUGGAAUUGAGAAGCGUGCGGCAAGUUCAUGUCGUGAUGCAGCUGUGUGUCCAUCUGUAUGUUCAUGCACGGAAACUACAGUUGACUGCAGAGAUCGUGGUCUUACGCAUAUACCAACCAAUUUACCAUCAUCCGUUCUCGAAUUGUAUGUUGCCAUUCCAGAUAUCCGAUGCCAGUUUAUGUUCAAUUUAAAAGAUCUGAGCAAAAAUAGUAUCGUUGAAAUAGCACCGAGAGCAUUCGAUGGCCUACGCUCACUGAAUUCACUAGUUCUCUAUGGCAACAGUCUCACCGAUCUGCCAUCUGAAGCCUUCCAAGGUCUCUUCAAUCUACAGCUUCUUUUGAUGAAUGCCAAUAAGUUGCAAUGUCUGCGAAAGGAAACAUUCAAAAAUUUGACGAAUCUGAAUUUGCUAUCACUUUACGAUAACAACAUCAAAUCAAUCGCGAAUGGAACUUUCGACGGCCUCACCAAUUUGAUGACUCUGCAUUUGGCACGGAAUCCGAUCAUUUGUGACUGCAAUUUGGAAUGGCUCGCCAUACUGCUUUCCCAUCGAGCAGUUGAAACAAGCGGUGCAAGGUGUGAAUCACCGAAACGUCUUGCUCGUCGACGCUUAGCGACACUUCAUCACUCGAAGUUUCGUUGCAAAGGUACCGAAAAUUUCGUAACUGCUAGAGCUGAUGAAUGCAUACUAGAUUAUGGUUGUCCGGUGGAAUGUUCAUGUCGCGGAUCAGUUAUUGACUGCAGUAAACGUGGCUUAAUGGAAAUUCCCCCAAAUAUUCCGAUGUUCACAACUGAACUUAAUCUAUCGCACAACAAACUUAGUUCAAUUCGCAAUUCAGCCAGCCUUCGACGACUCGUGAAUCUGAAAAAAUUGCAUUUGAACAAUAAUAGCAUUCGGUGUGUGGCUGAAGGAGCGAUGCUGCAACUGCCAAACAUUCAAUCUAUCGCUCUUGGUAAUAACCAGUUCAUUUGCAAUUGUCAUAUCGCCGAUUUGGCCGCUUUUGUACGCGUUAAUGCCUCACGUGUUCUUGAUUCUCCAAUUUGUCACGAACCAGAGCACCUCAGAGGCCGACCAAUUGCGACACUCACUAAAAAUGAGCUUUCCUGCAAAUCACCAUCCGAGAAGGUUUGUUCUGAAAACGGAAGAUAUUGCCCAAUAGGCUGCAGUUGUCAUGAUACUGUAGUGAGAUGUUCGAAUCGAGCUCUCAAAGAGUUCCCGUCGGGCAUACCACUCGAAACAACUGAGCUUUUCCUUGAUUCGAACGAAAUCACUUCAGUUCCAUUGCAUCAUCUCAACAAACUCUACCAACUUGCAAAACUAGAUUUGAGUCACAAUCGUUUGACCGUUAUCGAAAAUGAAGCAUUCGCGAAUCUCACAAAGCUGUCAACAUUGAUCCUAAGCUACAACAAGCUACAAUGCCUCGAGGCGACUGCAUUCGCCUCCUUAAACGGUCUUCGAAUUCUUUCAUUGCACGGCAAUGACCUUUCUGUGCUCCCUGAAACCGCUUUCGCCAACCUCACUAAUAUCACACACAUUAAAUGGAUAAAAGCACGUUUUGUUGAGGCUGGAAUCGCUCGAUGUGAAUUACCACUUUCAGUUCGCAAUCAACUUCUUCUCACUGCCAAUGAACGUCAUUUCAAAUGCAACGAGAAUAUACCACGGUCAAUACUAAGCAAAUGUGAUCCGUGUAUCGAGAACCCGUGCAAAAAUAAAGCCAAGUGCAGGAAGCUCAGCGGACGCUCAUUUGUGUGCGAAUGUCCAGUUGGUUAUCACGGAAGCCUUUGUGAAGAUCAGAUCGAUGCAUGCUAUGGACAUCCUUGCUUAAACAACGCUACGUGCAAGGUUAACGGCUACGAUUGUAAGUGCCCACAUUUAUACGUUGGCAAAUAUUGUGAGGAAAAACUUGAAUAUUGUUCAAAGAAGUUAAAUCCAUGUCAGAAUGGAGGAAAGUGCACUCCGACUGGCGACCAUUACACAUGUAAAUGUCUUCCGGGCUUCAGUGGUUCGAAUUGUUCGAUUAACAUUGAUGACUGUGUGAACAAUUUGUGCAAAAAUAAUGCAAUUUGCGUGGAUGGAAUCCAGUCGUACACGUGUGAAUGUGUUGACGGUUAUACGGGUAAAUUUUGUGAAUUGGCACCAAUAUCAAAUGAUCUCUACCCUAAUAUAUCACCUUGUCACGCACAUAGCUGCGAACAUGGCGCAUGUAAACAAACCGAAACAGAUAUACAAUGCAGCUGCUUCGAAGGAUACACUGGACAACGAUGUGAUCGUUUGAGAGCUGUUGCAUUUGCUGAACGUGGUGCAUACGUCGCUCUUGAACCAUGGAAUACCUCACCAACAGGCAACCUUUCUCUGACAAUUCGAACAACAUCGAGCACUGGCAUUAUAGCUUACUACGGUGAUGAUUCGCAUAUCUCGAUAGAACUGUAUGAUGGUCGAGUGAAGAUUGCUUUUUAUGUUGGAAAUUACCCAACAUCGCAUAUGUACAGCUAUGUUACAGUACAUGAUGGGCUUCCACAUCAUUUGAAAAUUUUCAUUGAUGGUAAAACCGUGAUUAUGAAAAUCGAUUCUGCUCAGCCGCAAAAAGUUGUAAAUUCUGGUCCAAGGGACUCUCUCGAGUUAAAAACAAAGACGAAUUUCUAUUUGGGUGGUCUUCCACCCAAAAUAGCUGCUAAAGCAUUGGAUGCUUUCCACGUUAAGAAUGUCAACAGCUUUCAAGGUUGUUUAUCUGAUGUUUUCGUUAACGGUGAAGCAAUUGAUCUGAGUAAAGCAGAGAAGCUAGAAUCUGUACAGAGUGGUUGCUCACAUACAGUUGAUGUUUGUGGUGGUGUUAACUGUAAUAGGGGAGCAUGCGAAUUGAAUUCGAGCAUGCCUUUGGGAUAUGAGUGUCAUUGUGAACCAGGCUACAGCGGUAUUCAUUGCGAGAAAAGAGAGGUGUUCUGUACGAAAGAGAAGUUUCGUCGUAUUCAUGAAGAAGAUGGCUGUCGAUCAGUCGAGCCAAUCAAAAAUGCACGAUGUCGUGGUUGGUGUGGUGAAGAGAGGGAAUGUUGUACUGUGGUGAAAGGUAAACGAAGAAGAGUGAAAAUGCACUGUAAGAAUGGAUCGGCAAGUGUUCGAAUUGUUCACAUUGUCAGGAAAUGUGAAUGUGCUGCACAAAAGAUUUGUUCAAAGCAACGUCAAUAA